AUGGAGGGUGUGCAUGGAUUAUCGAAAGCUAAAUUCAUAACUGAAAAGGACCAUUUUUCAAUGCCCUUCAUGGACCAGAUGCUUGACAGGUUAUCAGAUAGAGGGUGGUAUUGUUUUUUGGAUGGAUACUCCGAAUACAACCAGAUAUCUAUCGCACCAGAAGAUCAAGAGAAAACCACUUUCACAUGCCCUUAUGGGACCUUUGCAUUCAAAAGGAUGCCAUUCAGACUUUGUAAUGCACCAGCAACUUUACAACGAUGCAUGUUGUCCAUCUUUGCGGAUAUGGUUGAGGAUUCUCUAGAAGUCUUCAUGGAUGAUUCUCACUCAUGGGGGACACAUUUGAAGAAUGCUUGA